AUGAUCAUGGAGGAGGUUGCUGGGAACUUGGACCAGGAAGCAGCUGGAGAGCUUGUAGCAGAGGAGGAGCAGCUUGAACCUGAGGAAGCUUUGGAAGCCUUGGCCUUACCAACUGGUCCCAUCACAAGGUCCCAGACUAAGAUGCUCAACCAAGACAUUGGAAGAGUACUUAGCCGUUUGAGUCGGCAUGAUCAGGAGCUUAAACAUUCCACUUUGGUGGUGUUGGAGAUUCCUUUCCAUUGGAUCUCUGGUAUAGCCAUUCAAUCCAUUCCCAUCUAUCCCUUUCAUCGAUCCAUUCCUCACUUCAUCAUCUCAAUCCAUUCCGCCAAGUUCUCUGGUUCCUUUCAUUCCAUCAUCAUCAUUCAACCUCUACUUGCUUCAAAGUGCCGAUCCUCAACAAGGGGUCUAUCAGUCGGGACGAUCGGCCGUACAGUCGGGUUGUGGCCGUGUCGGAACGGACGUGGCCGGAUGAUUUCAUGGUCGGCCGGUGUGGUCGGACGGAUGAAGAUUUGGUUGAUGGUUUCUCGGCCGGACGUGGGACGUUUUUUCCCGGCUCGGACGGAUACAUUGGCCAUGGUACGCGAGAAUGUUUGCGCGGCCGCGAGGCUUUACUCUUCGGUUCACGUGGCGUGGUCGUGCGCGGCUUGGCGUGGGCGGUUGUGGCAUGGCCGACCGCGGGCUUUAGUUUCCCGGGUCGUGAUGCGUGAUCGGCCGUUCGGUUUUGGACUUUGGCCGAGACUUCAGACGGACGGAAGCAAAUUUGGCCGAGAGCGGAACAUGCGUUCCUCGGCCAGCCGUUCUGCGCGGUCUGGGCGCUGA